AUGGAAGGAAAAUACGCGUCUGAUACCGAAUGGGCUUCCAUACAGCCAAUUCCUCUGAAUGAUGGCUCCGAUUCAGGAGCCCAGCCAUUGGCUACCAUUGCCUAUCCUUCGCAUUAUCUCGAGGCCACAUCGUAUCUGCGAGCGGUCAUGGCGGCCAACGAAAUGUCGGAAAGGGCACUGAAGUUGACUGAAGACAUUAUUUCGAUGAAUCCGGCACACUAUACCGUAUGGAUUUACCGAGCUAAGAUCCUCUUUGCUUUGGGCAAAGACCUCAAAGACGAGCUGGAAUGGCUCAACGGCGUCUCACUCAAGUAUCUGAAAAAUUAUCAGAUAUGGCACCAUCGUCAAGUUCUCAUGUCACGCACAGACUACUUCCCGAGCCCACCAGCUAAGGAGCCAGACUUCCUUAUGGAAAUGUUUGCACAAGACUCCAAGAACUACCAUGUUUGGACCUACCGUCACUGGUACGUCCGCCACUUCAAGCUCUGGGAUGCCCCGCGGGAAAUCCAGGACGUGGAGGCCCUCAUUGCAUCGGAUGUCCGCAACAACUCCGCCUGGAACCACCGCUUCAUGCUCCGGUUUGGCCCGCGCGAUAACGAGCCAGAUGCUGGGAUGCCCAAUAGCGGCGGAGACCCUUCGGAGAAGGGCCGACUAGCCGUUGUUGAUGAAGACGUCGUCGACGCUGAGCUGCAGUACGCUAAAUCCAAGAUUGUCCGGGCGCCCGAGAACCGCAGCCCGUGGUCAUAUGCACGGGGAGUAUUGCGUGCCGCGGGUCGGCCUCUUUCGGAAUGGAAGGAAUUUGCUGGCAAGUUCGUCGUCGAUAAGGAAGAUGGUAGUGUUGAGGUCAAGAGUAGCCAUGCUGUAGAAUGGCUGGCUGAUGUAUUCAUUGCGGAAAGCGAGCCGGCAUCGGAACAGGAAGCCGUCCGUAUGCUUACCUUACUGAAGGAGAAGUAUGAUCCCGUUCGAUCUAACUAUUGGGAUUAUCGCAUUCGGACGAUUACCAGUACAGCCGUGCCUGCAACAGCAUGA